AUGGCCUGCUACGACCUCUGCCGCCCCUGCGCACCCACCCCGCUGGCCAACAGCUGCAACCAGCCCUGUGUCACCCAGUGCCAGGACUCCACCGUCCUCAUCCAGCCCUCCCCCGUGCUCGUCACCCUGCCAGGGCCCAUCAUGACCUCCUUCCCCCAGAGCUCCGCCGUCGGAUCCAGCGCAGGGGCUGCCCUGGGCACGGAGCUCAAUGCCCAGGGACAGCCCAUCUCCGGCGCCUUUGGGGCCUUUGGCUACGGCCUCGGCUCUGCCCGUGCCUUUGGCUACGGCCUGGGAGGCCUGGGCUGCUACGGCACCAGGGGCUGCUCCACCUGCUGAGCCCCCAAACAACUGCGCCAACACCAGGAGCUCGGGGCUCUGCCAACACCUCCUGCAAGCAAAGCACCUCAGCUGACCAUCACCAUACUGGC